GCUGGAGACUCUGCCAGGGUACAGUCCCUAACCUCGGAAACCACUAAGCAACUUAUUCCCUCCCUGGCUAUCCCCUCUUCAGUCUAUCAUGAACGCUGCUGCCAGACUCAUCCACCUUACUAACUGUUCCAUAUCUGCCACCCCUCUCUGCCAAUCCCUCCACUGGCCUCCACUCAGUGUCCUCCACCCCUCUCUGCCAAUCCCUCCACUGGCCUCCACUCAGUGUCCUCCACCCCUCUCUGCCAAUCCCUCCACUGGCCUCCACUCAGUAUCCUCCAUCCCUCUCUGCCAAUCCCACCACUGGCCUCCACUCAGUGUCCCUCCACCCCCCUCUGCCAAUCCCUCCACUGGCCUCCACUCAGUGUCCUCCACCCCCCUCUGCCAAUCCCUCCACUGGCCUCCACUCAGUAUCCUCCAUCCCUCUCUGCCAAUCCCACCACUGGCCUCCUCUCAGUGUCCUCCAUCCCUCUCUGCCAAUCCCACCGCUGGCCUCCUCUCGGUGUCCUCCACCGCUCUCUGUCAAUAAUCCUGCGCUGGCCUCCACUCUGUGUCCUCCACCGCUCU